AUGGCUGAUGCUAUUCUCUGUUUGCCAGUCAUUCUACAUCCCAGCUACCAAGACAAUGAACCCAUCCCGCUGCUCGUCAACAAGAUCUUCUCAGAUCAUACCCAACUACAAUAUGCCUACUUUGACCUCCCCUUCGUUUGCCCACCGACUGGUCAGAAACACGGAAAUUCCCCAUUCGGAUCUGGACACAGCUUGUCCUUGAAUCUGGGCGAGAUAUUGCGCGGCGAUCGAAUCAUGACAUCGGACUAUGAGUUGGUGAUGAAACAAGACGUCGGAUGUCGCGCGCUUUGCACGCGCGAGGUCGACCGCAAAGCUGUCAAAUGGGGCCGUCAACUCAUCAAGGAUGGGUAUGUUGCCGAGUGGAUUGUUGAUAAUCUCCCUGCGGCAACCAGCUUCGUCACCGUCGAUCGCAGCCGAAAGUACUACUCGAGCGGAUUCAAGCUAGGAUAUCAGGACUUUUCGCCAGCGGAGGGCUUGGGUCGGAUCUAUAUUCACAAUCACUUCACAAUUGUUGUGCGUUGGCGCAAAGCACCAGGAAAGGCAGGCGAAGAAGGGAAAAGUGUGAUUCUCGGCUUCGAAGUCUACCCGAAGAGCAUAGGAUAUGAGAAUCGAGACGAGGACGGAUGUCCGUACGAUGUGCAUGCAGACAACUCGCAUUUGGAGCUUUUCAUCACGCCGAACAACAAGGAAGUCGAGGAGAAGUAUAGCGAUUCUUCGUACAUUCCUCAGCGUGGUGAGGAUGCGGACGACGGUGCUACGAUGAAAAUUCCGUACACGUACUCGGUCUACUUCCGGGAAGAUACGUCUAUCGAAUGGUCGAACCGGUGGGAUCUGUUUUUCACCGAUCAAGUUGACAGUUCCAUGACUCAUUGGCUUGCGAUUAUCAAUUCUUUGACGAUAUCGGGUGUGCUUGGUGUGACUGUCAUUGUCAUCUGGAGCCGAACUGUCCAGAGCACUACCAAAGGACGCGAGGACGGUGUCUUGGAAGAGGGAAAGCUAAAGAAACGUCGCUCAAAAUCGCCAAACAAGGAUAAAAAGUCGAGUGAAGGCGUGUUGACUCAGGAAGGCGAGGGCGAUCCACUUUCUGACGAUGAACUAGAGGAUGUCGCUGGAUGGAAACUACUUCAUGCAGAUGUUUUCCGUCUACCCGCUCACAGUGGACUGCUCGCACCGUUGGUAGGGUCAGGAACGCAAUUACUUUUUGUAGCAAUCGGUCUACUCAUUCUCAGUUCAUUGGGAGUGCUGAAUCCUAGCUUCCGGGGCGGGUUGUACAAAACAUUGGGAGGACAGAACUGGCGGAAGAACACUAUCAUCACGGCCUCCCUAUUUCCGGGAUUGACAUUUUGCUUGAUAUUCGUGUUGAAUUUAUUUGUCUGGGCUCAAGCGUCCAGUACAGCACUUCCCUUUGGCACAUUGGUAGGACUAGUCGCUCUUUGGCUUCUAGUCCAGGUCCCCUUGUGCUAUGCCGGCAGUUGGUUCGGAUACGUAAGGGCAGAGCCAUGGCAACACCCAACCAAAACCUCACCUAUUCCACGCCAGAUUCCACGACAACCGUGGUAUUUCCGUGGCAUCAACGGGGUCAUCUUGACGGGGUUGAUUCCAUUUGCCGUUCUUUUUAUCGAGCUGUUGUUUGUUUUCAAGAAUCUGUGGCAAGAUAAGAGUGGCUACUACUACGUUUUUGGCUUUUUGAGUGUGGUCAGCACUAUCUUGAUUGUCACAGUGAGCGAAGUGACGAUCAUCGCAACAUACAACCAAUUAUGUGCAGAGAACUACCACUGGUGGUGGCAGAGCUUCCUUACCGGCGGCAGCAGCUCCUUCUGGAUUUUCGCCUACUGCAUCUGGUACUAUACAUACAAACUCCACAUAACCGGCUUUGUGUCGAGUUUGCUUUUCUUCAGCUAUAGUUUCCUGGCGUGCGCGGUCUAUGGAUUGUUGACUGGUACGGUGGGAUUCCUGACAGCGUAUGCUUUUAUCCGGAGGAUAUACAGUGCUGUUAAAGCGGAUUGA